AUGACUCCUAGAAUCCCAACCACUAAGCCUACAAUUCUGGGCACUGAAAUUCCUCUUCUUCAAGAAGCCCUGAAUCUCGCAAAUCUCAAUGGCAAAGGUAAAUAUACCCGUCUCUGCGAGCAGUGGCUGGAGAAGUCCAUGCCCGCCGGCGGAAAGGGGAAGGCAAUCCUUGUCUCCCCGUGUACGUCCGCUCUCGAGCUUGCCGCCAUUCUCGCCAACAUCCAACCAGGCGAUGAAAUCAUCGUUCAGAGUUACACUUAUGUGUCAACCGUGAACUCAGUUCUUCGUGGCGCGGUGCCUGUGUUCGUGGAUCUGGACGAUAAGACCCUGAACAUCGACCUGCGCCUGAUCGAAGACGAUAUCACUGCUAAAACACGUGUCAUAGUUCCAGUCCACUACAGGGGGCAUGGGUUGCUCGUUGUCGAGGACGCCGCUAUGGCUUGUACGUCACUCUACAAAGACCGCAUGUUGGGUACUAUCGGGCACAUAGGAUAUAUCAGUUUCCAGGAGAAGAAGAACUUUACUGCUGGCGGCCAAGGCGGUGCAAUACUUGUCAACGACUCAUCACUCAUUGAACGUGCGAGGAUCCUCUACGAGCACGGUACAAAUCGCGGACAGGUUGAACGACAUGAUUGGCUCGACCUGGGCAUCAAUGCCACACUCUCGGAAUUGCAGGCUGCAUUUCUCCACGUGCAGCUCCAAGCGGUAGAUACCAUCAACACGCCGAGACUUCAUCGUUGGCAUAAAUACCACUCCGCACUAACGCCACUAGCGGAAAUGGGCCAUUUGAUCUUGCCCACUAUUCCGAGCUGCACAACCCAAAAUGCGAACAUCUUUUGGAUACAGGUGAGAGAGGCGGAGAGGAGAAAGGACAUGAUUCAGUUCUUGGACGCUAAGGGAAUCGAAACCCAUCCACUAUUUAUGCCGUUACAUUCUGGAAUGGAUCGAGUUACCACGCUCGCCGCCGCACAGAUUCUCUUGUUGCCGCUCUUUGUGGGCAUGACUGAUCACGAACAGCAGAGGGUUGUUGAGGGCGUUUCUGCAUUCUUCGGGACGGAAGGAUUGUCAAACGUUGUGUAGCUAUUUUGGCAAGAAAGACGAAGAUGAAGAUCCACGAGUAGCGUUGUAUUCUGCUCCCCCUUCUGCUCUUGAUGGGAAGUGAGGUAUUUAACCGUGUGAGAGCACUCAGAUCACACAGCAUGAGAAUGAUGUACUGUACCUGAAGGCAAAAGCAUGUUAGAAAUUACCAAAACAUAG